AUGUCUGGCCAUGCAACCAACCUCCGGCUCAAGCUCCCGGCAAUAUGCUUCCUCCUCCAGCUCUUCACCAUCAUCCUCUUCGCUGUUUUCGUCCGCUACGAUCGAGAGACCAGCGCCAGGCUCUGGCACGAGGAACUGAGCCACCACAACAAAAGCAACCGGGACAACGAUUUUUACUUUCGCUACCCGAGUUUCCAGGAUGUCCACACCAUGAUCUUCAUCGGCUUUGGCUUCUUGAUGACCUUCCUGAAACGUUACGGGUUCGGCAGCGUAGCCUUCAACUUCCUGAUCGCGGCGUUCGCUAUCCAGUGGUCUACGCUGAUCCAAGGCUUUUUCCACUCUUUUCACGAUGGAAAGAUUCACAUCGGAAUAGAGAGCAUGAUCAAUGCCGAUUUCUGCUCCGGAGCCGUCCUGAUCUCCUUCGGAGCAGUGCUGGGCAAGACAAGCCCCAUUCAGCUGCUGUUGAUGGCCUUGUUUGAAGUCACACUCUUUGGUAUUAAUGAAUUCGUCCUGCUCAGCGUCAUUGGGGCAAAGGAUGCUGGGGGCUCCAUGACCAUCCACACCUUCGGGGCUUAUUUCGGAUUGAUGGUUUCGCGGGUCUUGUAUCGGCCCCAGCUGGACAAGAGCAGACAGAGGGAAGGCUCCGUGUACCACUCAGAUCUCUUUGCUAUGAUCGGAACAAUCUAUCUAUGGCUCUUCUGGCCAAGCUUCAACUCUGCCAUUACGGCUCAUGGCGACGACCAGCAGCGGACCGUCAUGAACACCUACUUCUCCCUGGCCGCUAGCACGCUGGCCACCUUUGCCACGUCAGCCCUCGUCAAUGGGGAAGGCAAACUGGACAUGGUCCAUAUUCAGAACGCAGCCUUAGCCGGCGGGGUCGUGGUCGGGACAUCAGGCGAGAUGAUGCUGACUCCGUUCGGUGCCAUGAUCGCCGGGUUUCUCGCUGGGCUCGUUUCUACCCUGGGCUUCAAAUUCCUCACACCCAUCCUGGACUCCAGACUAAAAAUACAGGACACAUGCGGGGUCCACAACCUCCACGGGAUGCCGGGCGUCCUGGGUGCUCUCCUGGGAGCUGUGGUGGCAGCUCUGGCAACGCAAGACGUCUACGGGGACGGGAUGGCCGAUGUGUUCCCUUUAAUCGCUGACGGAAGCCGGACGGCAACGUACCAGGGAACCUGCCAGUUCUUCGCAUUACUCAUCACGCUGGGGUUCGCUGUUGUCGGAGGAAGCCUCGUGGGAGCUAUCUUGAAAAUCAGGUCGUUGGGGUCCCCUCCAGACACACAGUGCUUCGAGGAUCAGAUCUACUGGGAGGUCCCUGAGGAUCAUCAGGGCGGAUACUUGACGGCUGUGAACUCCGAGGACCCCGAAAGGAGUGCAAGCGUCUAA